AAACAGGGUACACAACAAUACAAGUCCAAUCACAUUUUCGUCUACAACAUUGUUUAGAACACAUACUACUCAUAUUACUCAUUCACUCAUAAUUCAUUCCAUUGCUCAAUGGCUGAAGAAGUGCGCAGUGGACGGCUCGAUGUCGUGAUAUUUGGUGCCAGCGGAUUCACUGGCAAACACACCGUAUACGAGGCGGUUUCCGUGCUCGAAGGUCUGCGCUGGGGCAUCGCCGGGCGCAAUCGCGAAAAGCUGGAGGAGGUGCUUGACGAAAUGGGCAUCAAGGCCGGGCAGGACCUAUCGCAGAUACCCAUCAUCAUUGCCGAUGUUAGCGAUGACAAUUCAGUGCUGCGAAUGGCCAUGUCCGCUCGCAUCGUUGUCAAUACGGUGGGACCGUUUCGGCUCUAUGGCGAGCCGGUGAUUCGUGGCUGCCUCGCGGGCGGUGCUCAUCUGGUAGACGUCAGCGGGGAGCCGCAGUACAUCGAGUCGAUGCAGCUGAAGUACCACGACUUCGCCAAGCUSUGCGGCACAUACGUGAUAAGUGCUUGUGGCUGUAAUUCCAUUCCAGCGGACAUGGGCGUCGUAUUCGCCGAGCAGCAUUUCGAUGGCACGAUCAAUUCGGUGGAGACGUUUUUCGUGCACGGCCUUAGGGGGUGCAAGGGCAACGCGAAUGCCGGU